AUGGGGAAAAGAAACAAUCUCAUAGCACACUACAUUGAAGACACGCAGAAGAGAGAAGUCAUACAGAUGUGCUCAUUAACAUGGGUGUUGGUGCUCAGUGUUGCCAUCGCGCAGAUAGUGCUGUACUUGACCUUGCGAAGAGACCCAACCGAUUCUACCAUCCUCCAUGACUCGACGAUUCGCUUGGACAACAAAAACACCACUUCGAAGUGGUGUCCCUCUCUGUGCACCUGUGAUAUGUUUAGUGUCAUUUGUACAGAAACUGAUAUUAUAGAAUUUCCUAGUAGCCCCGUAAUGUCAGUACAACAGUUAGUUGUAGACAACAACGGAUUCACAAAAAUACCCAAGGACUUAUCCAUGCGAUUUCCAAAGCUUACUGAUUUCAGUAUGAUGGGUAACAAAAUACCUGUAUUGGUUCUCGAGACAUUUGCUGGGUUCAACGAAGUUUCACAGGAUCUAGUUGUUGUGCUGAGUUGGAAUGAAAUCACUACUAUCAUUCCUUCCGAAAUGGUAGUGGAAAAACUCGGCUACAUAGAUCUAACUGGUAAUCGACUAGAAUACAUCAGCAACAAUGUCUUUGAAAAUUGUCCGAACUUGAAGAUGAUAUGUCUUUCAAGGAAUCCUUUGCAGCUUCCAGCGAAUCUACCAUUUCUCUCCAGUUCAAGUCUGAAGCUUCUUUAUUUGGCAAACAUUGAUGCAAGUUUGUUGUCUGAGAAGACGUUUUCAGAACUUCCAUCGCUUACUGAACUCACAUUGUCGAAUUCAAAAGUACACGAUAUAACGAAAGCUUUUGCUUCUCUCGGAUCUCUCACUUACCUACAUCUUAAGAACAACAGCAUUUCUGAAGUAAAGGUGAGCAGUUUCUCUCCGCAUUCCAAAUUGUUUAUGCUGGAUUUGGAUGGCAAUCCACUGAAGGAUUUGGACCCUGCGGAUCUUCCCGUUGAAGCUGACGGCACUAUUUCCAUUAUGAAUACUCCAUUUACUUGCUCAUGCGCACACGAAAAAAUCAUAUCCUGGGCGGCCAAGGAAUACAUAUUUUUGCGAGAUAACUGCACCGAUACUCUUUGUGGAAGUGGUAACAAGACGUUAUUAUAGGAGUUCAAUACUUUGUGAUAUGUACACAUG